AUUACCCAUUUAAUCACAGAAUCAAUGAAUCACAUAAAUAAUGCAACAGGAGGAUGCAUCACUUUUAAACAAAGACAAAAUGAACCAGAUUAUAUCUUAUUCAUUAAGGGAGACAGUUGUUCCUCUUAUGUUGGUCGAGUUAAAGGUGAACAAUAUAUAAUUCUCAAAAAGAGAUGUGAAUACGUAGGUACUAUUGUGCAUGAAAUUGUUCACGCGCUAGGCUUCUAUCACGAACAGAAUCGACCUGAUAGAGACAAUUACCUCAUUAUACAUUGGGAGAACAUUAAAGAAGGAGAGGAAGUGAAUUUUGAACGUCUUUCACCAGACAAAAUUACUAUUUAUAACGAUUUUGAUUACGAAUCUAUCAUGCUUUAUGGAAAUUACGUAUUUUCUAAGGAUGGGAAGUCGAUGACCAUAGAAGCUAAAUCUGGAGUAGAGUUGCUACAUCCGUAUAUAAAGGGUGGUUUAUCUCCAAGUGAUGUUUACAGAAUUAAAAAGUUGUACGAAUUUGACCUUCCAUCUAAGGCUUUACAAAAUCCUCACCUUUUCCAAGGAGACAUUAUUGGAAUUCGAAACAGAAAUGUGAGAAAUGCCAUAACGGAUCUUUCGCUUCGCUGGGAAAGAGGAAUAGUGUAUUAUACUAUCCACCCAUCUUUAGAAAGUAUUACCCAUUUAAUCACAGAAUCAAUGAAUCACAUAAAUAAUGCAACAGGAGGAUGCAUCACUUUUAAACAAAGACAAAAUGAACCAGAUUAUAUCUUAUUCAUUAAGGGAGACAGUUGUUCCUCUUAUGUUGGUCGAGUUAAAGGUGAACAAUAUAUAAUUCUCAAAAAGAGAUGUGAAUACGUAGGUACUAUUGUGCAUGAAAUUGUUCACGCGCUAGGCUUCUAUCACGAACAGAAUCGACCUGAUAGAGACAAUUACCUCAUUAUACAUUGGGAGAACAUUAAAGAAGGAGAGGAAGUGAAUUUUGAACGUCUUUCACCAGACAAAAUUACUAUUUAUAACGAUUUUGAUUACGAAUCUAUCAUGCUUUAUGGAAAUUACGUAUUUUCUAAGGAUGGGAAGUCGAUGACCAUAGAAGCUAAAUCUGGAGUAGAGUUGCUACAUCCGUAUAUAAAGGGUGGUUUAUCUCCAAGUGAUGUUUACAGAAUUAAAAAGUUGUACGAAUGUGAAUAAAUCACAAAUAUAUUAAAUUGUCGUGCCAUAAUUUGUUAUGAAAUAAUUAUAGUAACUAAAAUUUGAAGAAAAUAAAUUAUUGUAAUAAUG